UGCUUCAAACGCAUAUUCCACAGGGAGAGAGAGAGAGCAAGACCUGCGAGGAGCGGAACGAACUACAAGAAAAAAAGCGAACGACAAAUGGCACUCAUGGCUGGGAUUUUGUUUACGGCGACCUCUGUGCUGUUUGGGAUUUCUACGUUUGUUUCUUCGGCACGGAUUUACCCCCKAAAUGAAGUGACGUUACUGGACUCCAGAUCCGUAGCGGGGGAGUUGGGCUGGGUCGCCAACCCAACAGAAGGAGGGUGGGAGGAGGUGAGCAUCAUGGAUGAGAAGAACAUUCCCAUCAGGACGUACCAGGUGUGUAACGUCAUGGAACCCAACCAGAACAACUGGCUUAGAACGGACUGGAUCCUCCGAGGUGGCGCCCAGCGUGUCUACAUCGAGAUCAAGUUCACCCUGCGCGACUGUAACAGCCUCCCUGGUGUCAUGGGAACCUGCAAGGAGACCUUCAACCUCUACUACUACGAGUCCAACAACGACAAGGAGCGCUACAUCCGAGAGAACCAGUUUGGCAAGAUCGACACGGUGGCAGCCGACGAGAGCUUCACCCAGGUGGACAUCGGAGACCGCAUCAUGAAGCUGAACACGGAGGUCAGGGACGUGGGAGCCUUGACCCGGAAGGGUUUCUACCUGGCCUUCCAGGACGUGGGAGCCUGCAURGCCCUGGUGUCUGUCAGGGUGUUCUAUAAGAAGUGUCCCAUGGCUGUGAGGAACCUGGCCCAGUUCCCUGACACCAUCACCGGGGCCGACACGUCCUCACUGGUGGAAGUCCGAGGAUCCUGCGUGCAUAAUUCUGAGGAGCGUGACGUUCCCAAAAUGUACUGCGGGGCGGACGGAGAGUGGCUGGUGCCCAUCGGGAACUGCCUGUGUAACCCGGGAUUCGAGGAGAGGAACGCUAAAUGCCAGGGUAAGUUAAGGAGAGAAAUCUUCUGUCUGCCUCAGAUAUAUAUAUUCCUCCAGUCACGGGCGGCAGCUGUUCUGUGUGGUUAUUUAUUCUUGUCUCUAUCGUUCUCUCUUCCUUCACCUUCCAUCUCUAUCUCCAUACAGAAGCCUGCUUCUUUAUCAAAUCUCCCUCCUCUCUCUCUGUAG